AUGGAACCCGCCCGAGGGAUUGUCACCCUGGCAAUCACCCGGCAGCCGACACGGCCAGAAACCCUGGGGUCACAUCAAACCCUCUGCACCGGCGGCUUCUGCUUCCCGGGGGAACGGGGCGACGAGAGAACUGGGGACCGUGGAGGGGGGAAACCGGGCUCUUUAAAAGCGCUUGUUUUCCGUUUGCAGGUUGCAGGACUCCUUUUCCAGGCAGCGCAGGAUGCGGGUGUGCAGUACAGCUGCGUGUGCGGCGUUCCGUACACGGCGCUGCCGCUGGCCACCAUCAUCUGCUCGGAGCAUCAGGUGCCGAUGCUUAUUCGGAGGAAGGAAGGAAAAGACUACGGUACUAAGCGGAUGGUAGAAGGCACCAUUAACCCAGGAGAGACAUGCCUGAUCAUUGAGGAUGUGGUAACUAGUGGAUCCAGUGUACUGGAAACUGCAGAAGCUCUUCAGAAAGAAGGAUUAAAAGUGACAGAUGCCGUAGUGCUGUUGGACAGGGAGCAGGGUGGGAAGGCCAGGCUAGAGGAACAUGGAAUUCGCCUGCACUCUGUGUGCACCCUGUCUGGGGUGCUGGAGAUUCUCCAGCAGCAGGGAGAAGUGUCUGCUGAGAUGGUUGGAAAGGUGAAGAAGUUCAUUGAGGGAAAUGUGUUUGAGGCUCAGAAUGGUGCUGCUCCUGUGAAGAGAUGCUGCAAGGAGCUGAGCUUCAGCGCUCGUGCCCAGCUGCCAGGGGUGCAUCCUAUUGCAGCCAGGCUUCUCCUGCUCAUGGAAAAGAAGCAAACAAACUUGUGCCUUUCUGCUGAUGUCACCAGCCCCAAGGAGCUGCUGCAGCUAGCUGCCACCCUGGGCCCCAGCAUCUGUAUCCUCAAGACUCAUAUAGACAUCUUGAAUGAUUUCACCCAAGAGGUGGUAAAGGAGUUGAGAAUGCUCGCAGAUCAACAUGAAUUCUUGAUUUUUGAAGAUAGGAAAUUUGCAGAUAUUGGAAACACGGUGAAACAUCAGUAUGAAGGUGGUGUGUUCAGAAUCGCAUCCUGGGCUGACAUUGUCAAUGCCCACGUGGUUCCAGGCUCUGGAGUUGUGAAGGGUCUGAAGGAAGCAGGUCUUCCUCUCCAGCGUGGCUGUCUCCUGGUUGCAGAGAUGAGUUCCCAGGGGUCCCUUGCAACGGGUGAAUACACAAAAGCUGCAGUACAGAUGGCUGAAGACAACUCAGAUUUUGUUUUUGGAUUCAUAUGUGGAUCUAGAGUUAGUAAUAAACCAGAAUUUCUCCACUUAACUCCAGGAGUGCAGCUGCAAACUGGAGGUGAUAACCUUGGACAGAAGUACCUAAGCCCCAAGGAAGUUAUUGGUGAAAAAGGCUCAGAUAUCAUUAUUGUGGGACGUGGCAUCUUGGCAGUUUCAGACCGUCUCCAAGAAGCAGAGAAGUACAGGAAGGCAGCAUGGGAGAGCUACAUGAGCAGGCUUGGUGUGCCUGCAGAAGACUGAAAACCAGACCCUGUCCCAGCCAGUAAGCAAAGCUGAUGGAGCUGCAACCCUCAUGAAGGGUCCAGUUAAAUACAUGGACACUUCAGCCCACAGAAAACGGCCCUUUUGGAGAAAAUCUGUCACAAAAUUGUUUUAAUUGCACACACAGAGGUCAAAUUGUACUUGACAUUGUUAUUUUUUGAUAUUUGAAUGUAAGAAUCCAGAGCUUCAUGGCUGUUUUUUAGCCUUGGUAGGCUUUCUUGUUUGCAAAAUGGUGCACAAAACACUCCAAGGGUAUUCUGUUGGCUGUUGUUGCCUUUGUCUCUUUUCCCCACCCUCAAAUUUUUUCUGGCUGUGGAAAUGGUAUUUUGUUAUGAUCUUAGUAAACAUCAUCUGCACGCUUGAUGUGCUGCCCCACCUUUGCAGGUUUUUUUUCAGCUCUCCUGUUUCCAAGGAGGAAGUCCAAGUUUUAAUGCCACACUUUGAAAUUGAAUUAUGUGGUGUUUAAUAAAUACUUUUUUGCUACCAUUUUCCUUUUCACUGGCUCUAUAUGUC